GGGCGCCACGAUAAUCUUGCCCGGGGCGCCGAUAUUGCUAAAACCGGCCCUGAUUAAUCUGAUAACUGUGAGUAAUUAUUAAAAAAAACAAUUAUAAAGAGAUCACUGGCUAACUCUGAUUUAGGUUAAUCGUCGAUAAUACAAAAGAAUUGAAAGGAAUCCUAUAUAUACUAUAUAAUUAAAAACCAUAUCAAGUGGGAGAAGCGAACAGUUUCCCCUCAUGAUGUUCCCCUCAAACGAUUUAUUUGAGUAAACCUUACAUCCAUUCCAAUUAUUUAAUUGUAAUAUUUGUAUCGUGGUUGCAUCGUUUGUAGAUGAAGUAUUUCUUACAUGUUUUGUAUAUAUAUCGUAUCGUAAAGAAAAUAGUGGUAAAAAGUAACACCUAAGGGCAUUUACUUAUACGUAGUGUGUGAUGGUGUGUGAUCGAUGCGUUAUACUGGACGCACAGGAAAAAAUAACAACUACGCCAUACUUGUUUUCGAAGUAACUCAUUCUAUGCCCAAUUUACGAUAAUGAGGAAAAAAUAUUGGUUAAGAAAUAAGUUGGAACGCGUAGAUUUACUAAAACCUUAAAAUUCAACUCUAUAAUCAACCGUUAGAAGAAAGGUAUGCGAGUAUUUCACUUGGAGCGAUUUAGUCGUAUCUUCAACAUUUUAGCUCUAUAUACAUAACCAGAAGAUACUUCGUGAUUCACUGUUUACGUGUGCAAUAUCCGCGUCUAUACUUACUACCUAUUAUGCAAAUAAAAUUCUGUUAUAAAAUGGCGAAAAAUGAUGGUUCGAUAACAUUUACCGCGAAUACUACUCAAGAAAAUGAAAGGUUAUUAGAUGAAUCCUGUCGUAAGCAUCAAGUAGAAAACAAAACCAAGGAAGAUUUCGAGCAAUUGUUUAUCAAACUUAAUUAUAUCUGUCAAAUGAAAUCAACCAAAGAAGAAGCGCAAGCAAAUUCUUCUUGGUGUAAUACAAAUGUUAUAAAUUAUACAUACGGAUCCAUCUCAGGAUUUCCAUCUGGUUCUUGGUGGGGGAUCCGCAUGGAUUGUUCUAGAGAUCGUGUUCACGAUCCUUUCAAUGAAAAUAUUCAAAUCGGCCCUUUUGGAGUUACAUCGAUCUGUACACCGAGCGUUAAUUUGAACGAAGAUAUUGAUUUUGGUAAUUCUCUGACCUUUACGGGUCAGAAAUAUGUUGACGAAGAAUCGGACAUUGAUCCACUUAUCAAAAAUUAUGAAAAUCAGAUACCAGUGAGAUUGAUCAGAAGUUAUAAUCUAUUGAACAAAUUUGCUCCAAAAACAGGUUAUAGAUACGAUGGUUUAUAUAUUGUAACAAAAUUUUGGAUAGGUGUAAACUCUGAUUCUACAAAAUAUUAUAAAUUUUCUCUGUUACGUUUAAAUGGCCAAGAACCACCAUCAUGGAGUAUCAAGCAGCCGCUUCUAGGUACAAAUAAAUCUUUGUCUACUUUACAUUGUACGCCUAUGCAUCCUCGAAAUUGUUUAGAAAAUUCUCCGAGUCAGUAUGAAUUUAGAAAAUAUUCGCAUACAUCUGAAUCUACGAUUCCAAAGGGGAAAUUUGAUAAAUCAAACAUUUCAACUAUUUCAACUGUACAACUUCCGACUCUUGAAAAUAAAAAAAUAGAAGAGAAAGAAAAGGUUAUACCUGAAAGUGGAAUAGUAAUGCGUCAUGUGUUUAAGAAGGGAAAUACAGAAUGUACGGCCAGCGUAUCCAGUAUUUCUAAUACAUCAGAAAACAAAUUAUUAAACCGUAUCGGAAUGCAAGGAUUCAAAGCUCAUAAUACUAAUAUCUCUAUACGUACAGGACUGUAUGAUUCGUCGCAUAGUACACAGCACGAUGUUAAAAAAAGUACUUUGUCAUUGUUUUGUAGAACAGCUAAAUCGCUUAAUUUACUUAAAUCUAAUCAACACACGGAAAAUUUGAAUUCGUCUAACAAAGAUAGAAAUAGAAGUCUAGAUGGAAAAAUGCAAACUGUUGCAACGAAUGAGAUUCCUAAACGCAUUGAUUAUAUUUCGCCUAAUGCUGUUAAAUCAGAUUCAUUGAAAAUUAAGUCAAUUAAAGAUAUAAAUAUAGAAUUUAACAAUAGUUCAAGCGAUACAAGUAUAAAUCAUUGUUAUAAACACAAGUUUAAUAACAUUAAAGGGCAUAAUGAUGUGCCGAAUGAUUCUACAGAUGUACAUAAAAGUAGUUUAAAUUCUUUGGAGACACCAAUUGAUAUGUUAGAUUCGACAGACCCUAUGUAUAGAAAUGAAACUUCGACACAUAAAAUGGUACCCAAAGAAGUACAGGAAUUAAGAUCAAUAGAUUCCAUAGAAUCAUUAACACCAGAUAAAAUUCUACAUUUAAUUAAUAAGAAAUGUCAUCCUUUAUCCAAAUUACUCAUGGGUAAUAUGAUAGGACUAACAUCGGAACAAUCUAUAGGAUUGAAAACACACGAUUUAUUAACAGUUCAGUCAGAGGUUAAAGAUGAAACAGUGCCACAAAAUAACGAUAUAGAGGAAACAAAGGAAAAGAAAAAGUUUGAGGCCAUUUCGGAUGAACUGAUUGGGGCAAGAUAUUAUAAAUUUAGAAGACGUAGAUUAACCAGAAAAAUAAUGAAAAAAUCAGAGGUAAGAAAAUGCAAUAGGACGCACAAUGGAGAAUUACGAAAAGGCUCUGUACAGUCUAUAGAUGUUUUAGAACCAAAUUUAAUGGACUUUAAUGCAUGUAAUGGUUCUCAGAGAAGUAUACCGCAAGAUGUUUUGUACACAAAUACAUGUAACACAGAUGUACAGAAUAAAGUAGUUAAACGGAACAGUAUACAAAAGAAGAAAAUACAUUGCGUGCAAGAAUCAACAAAGAAUAUAAAAAAGAAUGUUGAAAGUAAAAUCGAAGCGAGAACGCGUUUACGAACUAUGAAAGUAGUUAAAUCGUCGAUCAAGAAACACAUAAAUAAGAAACAAAGACGAGAGAUUGCAAAUUUAUUAAUAGAUGCAAAAAUUGGCCCAAAAAUACGUGGUCCAAGGAACCGAAGAUUGAGAUGUAUUGGUAGUAAAUACGCUAAACAGCCAUAUGAACGCUUUAGUACUGUUGUAUGUGAUUUUAACAAAUGCCGAAUUAAUUCGGAUAUAUCUGGACAACGGUCUACUUUUAAAAAUAAAAAUAAACUCACAAAAGUCAGUAACUAUAAAAACAUUAGGAAUAAGGAAACUAACAACGUUGAAAGAUCGGAAACAUUGAAUUUAAAACGAAAUACAGUACACGAGAAUUUCGCUGUUUCUAAAAAGAUGGAUAAGAACGAUAUUUCAGAAAAAAUAUUAAAUAAUAAUAAUAAUAGCAUGAAUGACAAUAACAAGAAAUUAAAAUCUGUAAAAGCUAAUGUUAAAAGUGUACAAACUAAUGAUGUAACAAUUAUUGGAAAUCGGAAAAGAAAAUUGAUGGAAACAAUUCCCAGGAAAAGAAAAUUUAAUAUAACUGAACAAAAACCACAUGAGGAUUGCGAUAAAAAUGCCUCGAAGGCCUGUAAAACGGAUGCGGUAACUCAAUGUACUCUUAUUAAAGGACCACUGACGCGAAACUUGAAAUCGAACGAUUUGGUUCAAAAGUAUGAGCGCAAUGAACACUAUACUUUUAUCAAAAUAGAAUACGGUGAAUUGAAAGAUAUGAAAUCCGAAGUUUGUGAAGCUACUAAAUCAAAUACCGAGAGUAAAAGUCAACAAACGUACAAAUCCAACGAAAGGUAUGAAUCGGAUAGAACAACUGUAUGUAAUAUACAACAUCCUAAAAAUUCAAAUCUACUGUUAAAUAGUAAUAUUUUGAACAGAAAUGAGCAAAGUAAAUUUUCGAUGGAAAGAGUGUCUGCAUUUGUACCUGUUAAUGUUUUGGAUAGCGCCCUGAAAAUUGCUCGUCUCAGAUCUAUAGGAUUCAAACCAAUAAUAAGUUGUAAUAACGGUAACGAGAGUAUCAAUAAUCAAAACAGGGGAGGCUGUUCCGAGGCAGCUAGUAGCAAAGUGAUAAAGCAAAAUGUUGCUGAGAAAUACAAUAAGUAUACUAAUGAGGAAAACGAUGUUGUUGUAUAUAUGGAUGAUGAAUUGCAAUAUCAAGAUAUCGAAGAUGAAGAUAACAAUUCGUUGUCUAGUGAACGGAAAGCAUCGGAAUCAGAAGAUUGUACAUCAAGCAACGAACAAUUAAAUAGUGUAAGUUUUGAAAGGGAAUCGCGUAACGAUCUGUUAUUAGAACAAGAUUUGGAAUCACCGUGGCAUGGUUGGAAAAAAGUUAUAACAAAUGAAGAUACGUACUGGGUCGGUUGGUAAAAGAAAUGCAAAACCGAGUACUUUAUAAUUUUUUGUUUUACUAAAUCGUGACAAAAAGAAAUUUAUUUAAAAAGUAAAUAAAUAAAUAUUUAAUAAAUAUAAAUAUGAGUAUAUAUACACACAUAAAUAUAUAUUUAUAUUUUCCGCUAAAACAAAGGCUGUUGACAAAAUAUUAAGUUAUUUUUUCACUGAUAGUUGUAAUGUUUCAAUGUAUUGAUAUAGUUAUAGAAAGCUCUUUUGUAGAAUAAAUAGAUUUGAUCUUUUGUUGAAUUAAUUCAUGUUCAAAUUCUUCUAACUAUACUUUCGAUGUUAUGUCCUUCGCUAAGUGUUUUACUAAUAAGAAUUAAAAGUAAUUUAAGAUAAUGAUUAAUGAUUGUACAAAAAUAGUGAUUUACUUUCAACAAAUUAGCUUUAUUGUUAUGUUAUGGAGUAGAAUAAUAUAUUCUCUUCAUAAAUAUAAUUUAUGUAUACACAAAACUUUCUAUUGUAUAGAAAAUAAAGUUUAAUUAAGAUCAAGA